ACGCUGCUCAAACAGCAGAAUACCUCAGCUGGGCCAUGAACAAGAGGAAAAAGAGUUUUAAAUGGUUUGGGGGCGUCACCAACAACAAAGCAGCCUCACAUGUGAAGGGGGAGUUCUGUGGAUCAGCAGGAGGAGGGAAGCAGUCUGUGGAAGACAUGGACUCCCGUCCCCGCAGCUACACCCUCUCCAGGCACAUGUACACCCACGUGGGUACGGCCCCCCGCAGUGAGAGGCUCUGCAGGGUGAGAGAGAAGAGCACAGAGGAGGAGAAGCAGGACGGGGCGGGGGAACAUGUUCGAGACUCCCCUCUGCUCGGCGUCCUCUCCUCUCUCAGUUUGACAGCUCUGGAGCAGCCUCGGCCCGUUUCGGCCCGGCCGCUGCCCCCCACACCCAAACGGGCCUCACCUCUGACCUCUCCUCCUGACGGCUGCCUCACAGAGCUGUCAGACCCCCUGAGGACCAAACCCGCCUCAGGAUCUGGCAGAGAUCCGUUCAACAUGACGAGUCGUGGAGCUGCUUCAAAGCAGGACCUUUAUGUGCCAAUGGACCCUAUAUGUGACAGGGCUCGGAACCUGUCGGACCCUCAGACAGAGAGGCAUCGACCUGAACAGGAAACUCAGAAGAUGGCAAACAUCUCACAGGAAGUGCACCCUGGCAGGUGUUCAUCAGUGUCCAACGGUGGUGGAGAAUAUGUGAAAUUCUGCAAGGAGAGGUUCUGGUUGGAGCCGCCGACGGAGAAGCUGAGGAGGGAGCUGGAGGAGGAGCUGAGGCUGAGCGGCGCCGACCUGAGGAGCCACGCCUGGUACCACGGGCGCAUCCCCUGGGAGGUGUCAGAGACUCUGGUUCUGAACCACGGUGAGUUCCUCAUCAGGGACUCACAGUCCCGUCCGGGUGACUUUGUCCUCACCUGCCACUGGGAGCAGGAAACGCUUCACUUCCUCAUCAGGAAGAUGGUGGUUCACUCCGGCGAGACGUGCACCCGGGUCCGGUACGGCCUGGAGGGCGAGACCUUCGACUCCUUGCCAGCUCUGGUUCAUUAUUACGCAGGCGGCCGGGGGGCUCUGACCUGGAGCAGCGGAGCUCAAAUUCACCGGCCGGUGAACAGGACGCUGCCCAUCAGGUUCCUGGAGGAGACCUUCUGCACCGCCGUCAGCCCCCACCCCCACCAGAGGGGGCUGAAGACUGGAGGUGUGGAGGGAGGGGAGAGGGUCCGACCCAACAGUCCUUCAUGUCUCCAACUCAAAAAGACAGAAGUUAAAGGUCAACCUGACAGUCCAAGUCUGAUGAUCAAUGGAGUAUCCUACACCUCAUCUCCGAAUGCCCACACCUCUCCAUCCAGAAGCCCUCGCUGCAACCGAGCAGCCAGUCUGACACCAUCUCCAAACCCUUCCAGGCACUCAGACACAACCAGAUCCAAGUCCUUACCCAGCAACACCCUCCAGAGACCGCAUCUCAGCAUACCCCACCCUCAGCUGGAACAGGACUCCUGCUCCUCUGAUAAAGAUGGAAGCUGCUACACAGAGCUGUACCCUCAGAGCUACGUGGAAAGGCUGCAGGUGGAGGAAGGCUCGUCGAGCUCUGACCCACCGAGGACGGAGGAAGGAAACGUGACCUUCGCACCGGUGCUGGAGACGGUCUCUAGUUUCAGACCUUGUAGGUACCUGUCAGCACUGAUGCCCAAAGAGAACAAACCCCUGGAGGUGAACAUCCUGCGGAGGGUGAAGGAGCUGCUGGUGGAGGUCGACCCCAGAACUGCAGCCUUACACAUCACCAAGACUGACUGCACGGUGGCGAGAGUUUUGGAGGUGACUCCAGAGAUGCAAAGGAUGAUGGGAGUUAGUUCAGGGACAGAGCUGCUCACGUUGCCACAAGGCCAACAGUUACGACUGGACCUGCUGGAGAGGUUUCAGACCAUGGCCACUGUGUUUGCAGUAAACCUGUUGGGCUGCACGGGUACCACUGAGGAGCGGGCCGCUCUGCUUCAUAAAAUCAUCCAAAUCGCCGCUGAACUGAAGACCACCCUGGGCAACCUGUUCGGCUUCGCUGCCGUCAUGAGAGCGCUGGAGCUGCCGCAGGUGUCUCGUCUGGAGCACACCUGGGCGGCGUUACGGCAGCGACACACAGAUGGCGCCAUCCUCUACGAGAAAACUCUGCGUCCGUUUCUGAAGAGCCUCAAUGAUGGAAAAGAAAGCUGCCCGCUGUACAACACCACUUUCCCCCACGUCCUCCCCCUCCUCGCCCUGCUGGAGAGGAGCUCGGCGGCGGGCGAGGGGGCAGAGCCAUGGGAGAUGGCGGAGGUCAGCGUGGAUGUGGUCAUGUUCCACCUGGGGGCGGCGAGGACCAUGGCGCAGCUGGGGGGGGUCUACCGCUCCAACGCUGAGGCCAGAUUACAAGGUUUCCAGGAGCAGGCUGAGGUCAGGGAGAUCUUCCUGACGGAGUUCCAGAUGAGGCUGCUGUGGGGCAGCAGAGGAGCCGAGGAGAACCAGGCUCUGAGGUUCUCCAAGUUCGACCAGGUGCUGAGCGCCCUGUCCAACAGGCUGGAGCCGCCCCUCAGGAGACCCUGAUCCCAGACCUGCUCCAGGCGGGUUCUUUGUCCGGGAUGAGACCACCUCACCAGGAGCAACAGAAGCAGCUGGUUCCUGAAAAUCAUCUGAGACGGUUCAGUUUCAGAUCAGAUGUUGCAGAAACAGGAAGCUGCUGCUGCAACAGAACUUUACGUCACUUCUGAUUUAAAUAAAAAGUCUGAAGGAUCAG